UCUGGGCCCCACAUGCGACAAUUGUCACUAAACCUAAAAAGGAAGAAAGACUUAGUAGAACUACCACAACACGCACCAAGGAAAAAGGGAGAUACGGCUGUACCUCUAUUAGCGGGACCUAUGAAAUAGAGAAGAUAAUUAAAAGAUGGAAUCAUGAGUCAAAAG